AUGGAGCCAGAAGCCUUAGAAAUUUGCCCUUACAACCCUCACCACCGAGUCCCACUGAGCAGAUUUCAGUACCACCUGGCAUCCUGCAGGAGAAAGAACCCCAAGAAAGCCAAAAAGAUGGCCAGCUGCAAAUACAACGCCUGCCACGUGGUCCCCAUCAAAAAGCUGGAGGAGCACGAGGCUGCCUGCGUCAACAGAAGCACAGUGGAGGAGGAGGACAGCUUGCACCCCCUGAAAGUUAGCCUUCCAAGUUCAGAGCAGAAUGGAAAUGCCCCUCAGACUUUUGUUCCCCAAAAGCUUGUUUGUGAAAGCGACACAAGAGAGUCAGAGAGAGAGGCCCACCCCCCAUCCCUGACCACCCCCCAGAAGACCCUCAGACCAGGAGAGUAA